UUUUGAACUAGGGGUCUCAAAAUAUAUAUGGAGAAAUCGAUUAGCCGCGCUCAUCUUCACCUGCAUCUCGUAUCUCGUAUUCUCACACCAUCGUCAUGCCUUCACGACUCGACGAGCUUCUCGCUGGUCGAAACACCGGCUAUCUAGCCAAUGCCGGGCUUGUCAAGCUGAAUCUGAUUCUCUUACUGGCUCAAGUCAGUUCAUAUGCGACUGGGUAUGAUGGAUCUAUGAUGAAUGGUCUUCAGUCAUUAACGACAUGGCAAGAUUACUUUAAUCACCCGACGGGAUCCAUCUUGGGAUUCUUCAACUGUGUCCAGCCAAUCGGUCAGAUCGUCAGUUUUCCCGUGGAAGCUUGGUUCUGCGACAGAUUUGGCCGAAAGAUUGGGAUGAUCGUCGGCGCGGUCAUCAUUCUCAUCGGUACCGCCCUUCAGGGAGCCGCAGUCAACAUGGGCAUGUUCGUUGCCGCUCGAUUCAUCAUUGGAUUUGGUCUCGGAAUUAACAUUACUGCCGCUCCAAUUUACAUUCUUGAGACUGCUUUCCCGACCCAUCGAGGACCUCUGACCGCUGUCUACAACUCGUUAUGGAACCUGGGAUCCUUCGCUGCUGCUUGGAUAACCUAUGGUACAUUCGCGAUGGGAAACAACUGGGCUUGGCGAAUCCCCUCAAUCAUCCAAGGAGCAGCUUCCGUCUUCCAGAUCCUGCUCGUCUGGUUCAUUCCAGAAUCACCUCGAUGGCUGAUCGAGCAGGACCGUGUUGCAGAGGCCACCGAAGUGCUCGUCACGUAUCAUGCGAACGGUGACCCCACAGACCCAUUGGUCGAGCUCGAGGUCGCAGAGAUCUACGAAGCUAUCCGGCUCGAUCGACUCAUCGCUGAAAAUACCUCUUUCUUGACUUUGGUCAAGACUUCUGCCAACCGAUCCCGAACCGCCGUCAUUGUUGCCAUUGGAUUCUUCUCCCAAUGGUCUGGAAACGGAUUAAUUUCUUACUAUUUGUCCCUGAUCCUCACUUCUAUCGGUUACGUCGACUCUAGACAACAACUCAUGAUCAACGGUAUCCUGCAAGCUUUCAGUCUCGUCACAUCUAUCGGAUUGGCCAUGAUCGUCAAUAUGUUCGCUCGACGAACCUUAUGGCUCACGUCGACUAUCGGAUUGUUCAUCUGCUUUGUGAUCUGGACCGGAUGCGAGGCAACUUAUGACAUCUCCAACGAUGCCGGGAACCCCAACAAGGCUGCCGGAAAGACAGUCCUCGCUAUCAUCUUCAUCUACAACUUUAUUUUCAAUAUUGGUUGGACACCAUUACAGGUUGUUUACUGCAUCGAAAUCCUCCCUCUCGCCAUCCGGGCUCGAGGUCUUGCCAUUUACAACAUUUGUGUCUCUCUUGCUGGUUUCUUGAACCAAUACCUGAAUCCAGUCGGGCUGCAAAACAUCGGCUGGAAAUACUACAUUGUGUAUGACGUUUGGAUCCUGUUCGAAGUCAUCGUCGUCUACUUUUUCUUCAAAGAGACCCGAAAUAUGUCUCUCGAGGAGACUGCAGUCAUCUUCGAUGGACAAGACAUGGUCGAGGAUAUCUCAAGAAAGGGAGCUUUGGCCCUGGACGGCAAUUACGAGCCCGAGGUCACCAGGAAUGAGAAAACCGAGGGGCCGACUCAAACUGCAGAGCUGGUUUAAGGUCGUUGCUCUUGGUGUGUAGCAUAUGUUCGUUUCUAUCGCAUGCAAAUCAGGGAU